UUGGGAGGUGGUACAUUAUGGGGUCUUUUAUCAUUAUUAACAGGUGCUCAAUCGUUUGAUGAAAUGUUGGAAAUGAGUAAGCAUGGUGAUAAUACGAAUGUGGAUAUGUUGGUUGGAGAUAUUUAUGGAUCAGAUUACAGUAAGAUUGGGUUGAAAUCAUCAAUGAUUGCUUCAUCUAUGGGAAAAGUGUUUAAAAAGAAUGUGAAGCAAAAUGUUGAUAAUUUUCGAGGCGAAGAUAUUUCAAAAUCACUAUUAUACAUGGUCAGUAAUAAUAUUGGUCAAAUAGCCUAUCUGAAUGCACAGUCUCAUGGAUUAAAACAAAUCUAUUUUGGUGGUUGUUUCAUAAGAGGACAUCCAGUUACAAUGAAUACUUUAUCAUAUGCGGUAAAGUUCUGGUCAAAGGGGACUAUUAAAGCCCUCUUUCUUCGUCAUGAAGGGUAUCUGGGUGCAGUUGGCGCUUUCCUUAAACACGGAACAAGACAACGGUCUGGUUCCUUUUCUGAGAUAUUUACUAACCCACAAAUGAUAACUAAAAAUAGCAUUAACGCUUGUGGGGUUUUGGAAAGCGCCCCGAUCAAGUUAACUCC